GCCGUUCAGUGUGGAACUUGAUUGCGGUUCCCGCUAGAAGCCAGUUUCAUUGCCCCGCGGAUCUCAGUGUGUCAACGUCAACAGAAGACAAUUGGAAAUCGAGGCUUACGGCCAGUGAAAUCUGAUUUGAAUUUAAAUCAGUUACGGCUUUUGUCGACUCUGAACAAAAUGAACAAGCUUCCCAUGAAAGCGUGGCGUUCCACAGCCUCAACUACCAAUCUGCGACGAAGUGUGUCCAAGAUUGGUGGGGCAGGUUCCAGGCGCUUGGAGAGCCGCGAAAGCUCCACGGGCGUGGCCACUUGUCCUCAUCUGGCGGAUCCGGAGGAAGCCAGUGCCCCGCGAAUACACUCCACAUCCGAAUGGCAGAAUGCCCUGCCCUACAAUCAGAUACCCGGACCGAAACCCAUCCCCAUUCUGGGAAACACCUGGAGAUUGAUGCCAAUAAUUGGUCAAUACACCAUCUCCGAUGUGGCGAAAAUAUCAUCGCUGCUGCACGAUCGUUAUGGCAGAAUUGUGCGCUUUGGAGGUCUCAUAGGAAGGCCCGAUCUUUUGUUCAUCUACGAUGCCGACGAAAUUGAAAAGUGCUACCGAAGCGAGGGGCCCACUCCCUUCCGUCCCUCGAUGCCCAGUUUGGUCAAGUACAAGAGCGUGGUGCGCAAGGAUUUCUUCGGGGAGCUUGGCGGCGUGGUCGGAGUGCACGGAGAACCCUGGCGAGAGUUCCGCUCGCGUGUCCAGAAGCCCGUUUUGCAGUUGUCCACCAUCCGGCGAUACUUACAGCCCCUGGAGGUCAUCACCGAAGAUUUCCUGCAGCGCUGCGAGAACCUGCUGGACGAAAACGAAGAGCUGCCCGAAGAUUUCGACAAUGAGAUUCACAAAUGGUCCUUGGAGUGCAUUGGUCGCGUCGCCCUGGACACUCGUUUGGGCUGCCUGGAGUCGAAUCUUAAGCCAGAUUCGGAGCCCCAGCAAAUCAUUGAUGCCGCCAAGUACGCCCUGCGCAAUGUGGCCACUUUGGAGCUAAAAGCUCCCUAUUGGCGCUACGUUCCCACGCCCCUGUGGACGCGCUAUGUGAAGAACAUGAACUUUUUUGUGGGGGUCUGCAUGAAAUACAUUCAGAGUGCCACCGAGAGACUGAAGACCCAAGAUCCCAGCCUGCGUAGUGGCGAGCCUUCGCUGGUGGAAAAGGUGAUCCUGUCGGAGAAGGACGAAAAGAUAGCCACCAUAAUGGCUCUCGAUUUGAUUCUAGUCGGAAUAGAUACAAUAUCCAUGGCCGUUUGCUCCAUGCUGUACCAACUGGCCACUCGCCCAGCGGAGCAGCAAAAGGUUCACGAGGAGCUGAAGCGACUGCUGCCGGAUCCCAACACACCACUCACAAUCCCGCUGCUCGAUCAGAUGCACCACCUGAAGGCCUUCAUCAAGGAGGUGUUCCGCAUGUACAGCACGGUGAUUGGAAACGGACGAACUCUGAUGGAGGACAGUGUGAUCUGUGGCUACCAGGUGCCCAAGGGCGUCCAGGCGGUCUUUCCCACAAUUGUCACGGGUAACAUGGAGGAGUAUGUGACGGAUGCGGCCGCUUUCCGGCCGGAAAGAUGGUUGAAACCACAGCAUGGCGGAACUCCGGGCAAACUGCAUCCGUUCGCCUCGCUGCCCUACGGCUAUGGAGCUCGGAUGUGUCUGGGUCGUCGCUUCGCCGAUCUGGAGAUGCAAAUACUGCUGGCCAAGCUUCUGCGAAACUACAAGCUGGAGUACAACCACAAGCCACUGGACUACGCAGUCACUUUCAUGUAUGCCCCGGAUGGACCGCUCCGGUUUAAGAUGACGCGAGUUUAGGUUGUAGAUUUAAGAUUACGAUUUUAUACACUCUCUUUGUUGUAAAUAAUAGUUAAUUUACAUACAAACUCUGAAGCUUUUAUACAUAAGAU